UAUAUAAGUACUUUCACUGGAUGAGCGCGCGAGUGUUACACUCUGACCCGUGAGCGUUGCUAGUGCUGUGAAGUGCUUUAUUAUUAUUAUUUUAUACAGGAGCCCCAUGAAGCGGCUGUCAUGAAAAUAGCGACAUUGAUUGCACUUGUGCAGCUGUCGCUUGCUACAGCUGUUUCAGAUGGCACGCUCACCGCAGCUGAGUUAAAUAAAGAAUUGGCAGGUGAUAAUAGUCUAAGUCCAUUCUUUGAUGAAAUCAUCGAUGACACGGCGGUGAAUUUCGUCCGGAGCUCCAGGGCUGUCGACAGUCCUCUAUCUCCGGAUAUCAAUGUACAAUGCUCAGCUGACUUCAUUGAUGUGACAGUCGAAUUCUCUGAUGUGUACGACGGCAUUAUCUACAGCAAAGGCUACUUAAAUGAUCCGAAAUGCAAAUACGUAUCUCUCGGCGGAAGUCAGUCACGGUACUCAUUCCGAGUACCGCUGAAGGGCUGCGGCAGCAGAUCUCUUUGCAACGCUUGCGGCACCAUUGAUAAUGUCCUCGUGUUCCAAGCCGACGACUUCGUCCAAGGUCCCUAUGAUUUCGCACGAAAAGUUUCAUGCGCAAGUACAGCUUUAGAGGUAUCUGUCGGAGGAGUAAGGAAAGAGCAAUCGCAUAUUUUGAAACUCAAGCCUUUUAUGGUUGACAUGCUCGAUGUAGUAGCUGUGCAAGGGCCCGCAGGCGGCGUCGAAUGUUGGAUGGACAUACAGAAGGGAGUAUUCCCUAAUACUACUCCUUUAGAACACUCGAUCAAGAUCGGCGAAUACCUCACGAUAUUAAUAUACCUAAAAGAUACUAGGAAUCAGUUCAACCUAAAAAUACACGAUUGUUGGGCAUAUGAUAAUGAAGACUAUGAUAACCCGAAUACUAAUAAGAUUCAGUUAACAGACAAGGAAGGAUGUCCAAAGAAAAGGAAAUUUAUUGAUUUAUUCCAAAAAUCCACAAACACGGGUAAAUCCGGGGCGACACUGAUAGCCUAUAGCAAAGUCAGCGCCUUCCGCUUCCCUGAAACGGAUCAAGUAUAUCUAACGUGUAAUGUUGAGCUGUGCAAGAGUGAUUGUGAUUCAAGCUGCAGAGACAUUAUCAAACCAAUAACGACCACAAAAAAACCGCAAAUAAUACCUUCCUGUUACCCUGGCAGCACUGACCCACGUUGUCCACGACCAACUACUCCUGAAGCCCCAAGAUGUUAUCCAGGAAGUACUGAUCCACGUUGCCCACAACCUACUACACCGGCUCCACCUAAAUGCUUCCCUGGAUCCACAGACCCACGUUGCCCAAGGCCAACGACUCCUGAAGCACCUAGAUGCUACCCCGGAAGCAAUGACCCACGCUGCCCAAAACCAACUACACCGGAGUCACCUCGCUGCUACCCAGGAAGCAGUGACUCACGUUGUCCAAGACCAACUACUCCUGAGGCCCCCAGAUGUUAUCCAGGAAGUACUGAUACACGUUGCCCACAACCUACUACACCGGUUCCACCUAAAUGCUUCCCUGGAUCCACAGACCCACGUUGCCCAAGACCAACUUCACCAGAGUCGCCUCGUUGCUACCCAGGUAGCACUGACCCACGUUGUCCACAACCAACAACUCCUGAAGCACCUAGCUGCUACCCCGGAAGUAGUGACCCACGUUGUCCAAGACCAACGACUCCUGAAGCACCGAGAUGUUAUCCCGGCAGUGACGACCCACGUUGUCCAAAACCUACUACACCGGCUCCCCCCAAAUGCUUCCCCGGAUCCACUGAUCCACGCUGUCCACGGCCGACGACUCCCGAAGCACCAAGAUGCUACCCUGGAAGCAAUGACCCUCGUUGCCCGAAACCAACUACACCAGAGCCACCUCGUUGCUACCCAGGAAGCAGUGACCCACGUUGCCCACGACCAACAACUCCUGAAGCACCUCGAUGUUACCCUGGCAGUGACGAUCCACGUUGUCCAAAACCUACUACACCGGCUCCACCCAAAUGCUUCCCCGGAUCCACCGAUCCACGUUGUCCACGGCCGACGACUCCCGAAGCACCAAGAUGCUACCCUGGAAGCAAUGACCCUCGUUGCCCGAAACCAACUACUCCAGAAUCACCUCGCUGCUACCCAGGAAGUAGUGACCCACGUUGUCCACGACCAACAACUCCUGAAGCACCUCGAUGCUAUCCCGGGAGUGACGACCCACGUUGUCCAAAACCUACUACACCGGCUCCCCCCAAAUGCUUCCCCGGAUCCACUGAUCCACGUUGUCCACGGCCAACAACUCCUGAAGCACCAAAAUGCUACCCUGGAAGCAAUGACCCUCGUUGUCCUAAAUCCACUACCCCAGCACCACCAAGAUGUUUCCCAGGAAGCACGGAUCCUCGCUGUCCUAAAGUAACAACACCAGUACCAACAAAACCUUCUUGUUACCCAGGCUCACCUGAUCCUAACUGUCCACAACCGUCGAGGCCAACAACGCUUAAUCCACCUACUUAUUUACCUCCUUCAACACCAGCACUACCAAAAUGCUUCCCCGGCAGCAAUGACCCACGUUGUCCAAGACCAACGACUCCCGAAGCACCCAAAUGUUAUCCUGGAAGCAGUGACCCACGGUGUCCCAGACCAACAACUCCUGAAUCUCCUCGAUGCUAUCCCGGAAGUGACGAUCCACGUUGUCCAAAACCUACUACACCGGCUCCACCCAAAUGCUUCCCCGGAUCCAGUGAUCCACGUUGUCCACGGCCGACAACUCCUGAAGCACCAAGGUGCUACCCUGGAAGCAAUGACCCUCGUUGUCCCAAACCUACUACACCAGCCCCACCUAAAUGCUUCCCCGGAUCCACCGAUCCAAGUUGUCCAAGACCAACGACUCCCGAAGCACCUAGAUGUUACCCCGGAAGCAGUGACCCGCGCUGUCCCAAACCCACUACACCUGCCCCACCUAACUGCUACCCAGGGUCCACCGACCCUCGAUGCCCGAAACCAACCACACCAGAGCCACCUCGUUGCUACCCAGGAAGCAGUGACCCACGUUGCCCACGACCAACAACUCCUGAAGAACCUCGAUGUUACCCCGGGAGUAACGACCCACGUUGUCCAAAACCUACUACACCGGCUCCACCCAAAUGCUUCCCCGGAUCCACCGAUCCACGUUGUCCACGGCCGACGACACCUGAAGCACCAAGAUGCUACCCUGGAAGCAAUGACCCUCGUUGCCCGAAACCAACUACUCCAGAAUCACCUCGCUGCUACCCAGGAAGUAGUGACCCACGUUGUCCAAGACCAACGACUCCUGAAGCACCGAGAUGCUAUCCCGGCAGUGACGACCCACGUUGUCCAAAACCUACUACACCGGCUCCCCCCAAAUGCUUCCCCGGAUCCACUGAUCCACGCUGUCCAAGGCCGACGACUCCCGAAGCACCAAGAUGCUACCCUGGAAGCAAUGACUCUCGUUGCCCGAAACCAACUACACCAGAGCCACCUCGUUGCUACCCAGGAAGCAGUGACCCACGUUGCCCACGACCAACAACUCCUGAAGCACCUCGAUGUUACCCCGGCAGUGACGAUCCACGGUGUCCAAAACCUACUACACCGGCUCCACCCAAAUGCUUCCCCGGAUCCACCGAUCCACGUUGUCCACGGCCGACGACACCUGAAGCACCAAGAUGCUACCCUGGAAGCAAUGACCCUCGUUGCCCGAAACCAACUACUCCAGAAUCACCUCGCUGCUACCCAGGAAGUAGUGACCCACGUUGUCCACGACCAACAACUCCUGAAGCACCUCGAUGCUAUCCCGGGAGUGACGACCCACGUUGUCCAAAGCCUACUACACCGGCUCCCCCCAAAUGCUUCCCCGGAUCCACUGAUCCACGUUGUCCAAGGCCGACGACUCCUGAAGCACCAAGAUGCUACCCUGGAAGCAAUGACCCUCGUUGCCCGAAACCAACUACACCAGAAUCACCUCGCUGCUACCCAGGAAGUAGUGACCCACGUUGCCCAAGCCCAACGACUCCUGAAGCACCAAGAUGCUACCCUGGAAGCAAUGACCCUCGUUGUCCUAAAUCCACUACCCCAGCACCACCAAGAUGUUUCCCAGGGAGCACCGAUCCUCGCUGUCCUAAAGUAACAACACCAGUACCAACAAAACCCUCUUGUUACCCAGGCUCACCUGAUCCUAACUGUCCACAACCGUCGAGGCCAACAACGCUUAAUCCACCUACUUAUUUACCUCCUUCAACACCAGCACCACCAAAAUGCUUCCCCGGCAGCAAUGACCCACGUUGUCCUCAACCCACUACACCAGCCCCACCGAAAUGCUUCCCCGGUAGCAAUGACCCUCGUUGCCCGAAGUCAACAACUCCAGAAUCACCUCGCUGCUAUCCUGGAAGUAGUGACCCACGUUGUCCAAGACCAACAACUCCUGAAGCACCUCGAUGCUAUCCCGGCAGUGACGACCCACGUUGUCCAAAACCUACUACACCAGCUUCCCCCAAAUGCUUCCCCGGAUCCACUGAUCCACGCUGUCCAAGGCCGACGACUCCCGAAGCACCAAGAUGCUACCCUGGAAGCAAUGACCCUCGUUGCCCGAAACCAACUACACCAGAAUCACCUCGCUGCUACCCAGGAAGUAGUGACCCACGUUGUCCAAGACCAACGACUCCUGAGGCACCAAGAUGCUACCCCGGAAGCAGUGACCCUCGUUGUCCCAAACCUACUACACCAGCCCCACCAAGAUGUUUCCCAGGAUCCACUGAUCCACGUUGCCCACAACCAACAACUCCUGAGGCACCAAGAUGCUACCCCGGAAGCAGUGACCCUCGUUGUCCCAAACCUACUACACCAGCCCCACCAAGAUGUUUCCCAGGAUCCACUGAUCCACGUUGCCCACAACCAACAACUCCUGAGGCACCUAGAUGCUACCCUGGAAGCAAUGACCCUCGUUGCCCUAAACCCACUACACCAGCCCCACCAAAAUGCUUCCCGGGAUCAAGUGACCCACGUUGUCCACGACCAACUACUACUGAAGCCCCAAGAUGUUAUCCAGGAAGUACUGAUUCACGUUGCCCACAACCGACUACACCAGGGUCACCUCGAUGCUACCCUGGAAGCAAUGACCCUCGUUGCCCGAAACCAACUACACCAGAAUCACCUCGCUGCUACCCGGGAAGUAGUGACCCACGUUGCCCACGACCAACAACUCCUGAAGCACCUCGAUGCUAUCCCGGAAGUACUGACUCACGUUGUCCCAAACCCACAACACUACCACCACCAAGAUGUUUCCCAGGGAGCGACGAUCCUCGCUGUCCCAAAGUAACAACACCAGUUCCAACAAAACCCUCUUGUUACCCUGGCUCACCUGAUCCUAACUGUCCACAACCUUCGAGGCCAACAACGCUUAAUCCACCUACUUAUUUACCUCCUUCAACACCAGCACCACCAAAAUGCUACCCUGGUAGCAAUGACUCUCGCUGUCCAAGACCAACGACUCCUGAAGCACCCAGAUGUUACCCCGGUAGCAAUGACCCUCGUUGCCCUAAACCCACUACACCAGCCCCACCGAAAUGCUUCCCCGGUAGCAAUGACCCUCGUUGCCCGAAGUCAACAACACCAGAAUCACCUCGCUGCUAUCCCGGAAGUAGUGACCCACGUUGUCCAAGACCAACGACUCCUGAGGCACCAAGAUGCUACCCCGGAAGCAGUGACCCUCGUUGUCCCAAACCUACUACACCAGCCUCACCAAGAUGUUUCCCAGGAUCCACUGAUCCACGUUGCCCACGACCAACGACUCCUGAGGCACCUAGAUGCUUCCCUGGAAGCAAUGACCCUCGUUGCCCUAAACCCACUACACCAGCCCCAUCAAAAUGCUUCCCGGGAUCUAGUGACCCACGUUGUCCGCGACCAACUACUCCUGAAACCCCAAGAUGUUAUCCAGGAAGUACUGAUUCACGUUGCCCACAACCGACUACACCAGAGUCACCUCGAUGCUACCCUGGAAGCAAUGACCCUCGUUGUCCAAAACCCACUACACCUACUCCACCUAAUUGCUUCCCGGGAUCCACUGAUCCACGUUGUCCACAACCCACGACCCCCGACGUACCUAGAUGUUAUCCCGGAAAUACUGACCCACGUUGUCCUAAAUCCACUACCCCAGCACCACCAAGAUGUUUCCCAGGAAGCACCGAUCCUCGCUGUCCUAAAGUAACAACACCAGUACCAACAAAACCCUCUUGUUACCCAGGCUCACCUGAUCCUAACUGUCCACAACCGUCGAGGCCAACAACGCUUAAUCCACCUACUUAUUUACCUCCUUCAACACCAGCACCACCAAAAUGCUACCCCGGUAGUAACGACUCUCGUUGUCCAAGACCAACGACUCCCGAAGCACCGAGAUGUUACCCCGGAAGCAAUGACCCUCGUUGCCCUAAACCCACUACACCAGCCCCACCGAAAUGCUUCCCCGGUAGCAAUGACCCUCGUUGCCCCAAGUUAACUACACCAGAAUCACCUCGCUGCUACCCCGGAAGUAGUGACCCACGUUGUCCAAGACCAACAACUCCUGAAGCACCUCGAUGCUAUCCCGGAAGUGACGAUCCACGUUGUCCAAAACCUACUUCACCGGCUCCACCCAAAUGCUUCCCCGGAUCAACUGACCCACGUUGUCCACAACCAACAACUCCUGAAGCACCUCGCUGCUACCCCGGAAGUAGUGACCCACGUUGUCCACGACCAACAACUCCUGAAGCACCUCGAUGCUAUCCUGGAAGUGACGAUCCACGUUGUCCAAAACCUACUACACCUGCCCCACCCAAAUGCUUCCCCGGAUCCACUGAUCCACGUUGUCCAAGACCAACGACUCCUGAAGCACCGAGAUGCUAUCCCGGCAGUAACGACCCACGUUGCCCAAAACCUACUACACCGGCUCCACCCAAAUGCUUCCCCGGAUCCACUGAUCCACGUUGUCCAAGACCAACGACUCCUGAAGCACCGAGAUGCUACCCCGGAAGCAGUGAUCCUCGUUGUCCUAAACCUACUACACCAGCCCCACCGAAAUGCUUCCUCGGUAGCAAUGAUCCUCGUUGCCCGAAGCCAACUACACCAGAAUCACCUCGCUGCUACCCCGGAAGUAGUGACCCACGUUGUCCAAGACCAACAACUCCUGAAGCACCUCGAUGCUAUCCCGGCAGUGACGACCCACGUUGUCCAAAACCUACUACACCGGCUUCCCCCAAAUGCUUCCCCGGAUCCAAUGAUCCACGUUGUCCAAGGCCGACGACUCCUGAAGCACCAAGAUGCUACCCUGGAAGCAAUGACCCUCGUUGCCCGAAACCAACUACACCAGAAUCACCUCGCUGCUACCCAGGAAGUAGUGACCCACGUUGCCCAAGCCCAACGACUCCUGAAGCACCAAGAUGCUACCCUGGAAGCAAUGACCCUCGUUGUCCUAAAUCCACUACCCCAGCACCACCAAGAUGUUUCCCAGGGAGCACCGAUCCUCGCUGUCCUAAAGUAACAACACCAGUACCAACAAAACCCUCUUGUUACCCAGGCUCACCUGAUCCUAACUGUCCACAACCGUCGAGGCCAACAACGCUUAAUCCACCUACUUAUUUACCUCCUUCAACACCAGGACUACCAAAAUGCUUCCCCGGCAGCAAUGACCCACGUUGUCCUAAACCCACUACACCAGCCCCACCUAAAUGUUUCCCAGGAUCCACUGAUCCACGUUGCCCACGACCAACUACUCCAGAAGCACCUAGAUGUUACCCUGGAAGUAAUGACCCUCGUUGUCCUAAACCCACUUCACCAGCCCCACCUAAAUGUUUCCCAGGAUCCACUGAUCCACGUUGUCCACGACCAACAACUCCUGAAGCCCCAAGGUGCUACCCUGGAAGCAAUGACCCUCGUUGUCCUAAACCCACUACACCAGAGUCGCCUCGUUGCUUCCCAGGUAGCACUGACCCACGUUGUCCACAACCAACAACUCCUGAAGCACCUCGCUGCUAUCCCGGAAGUAGUGACCCACGUUGUCCAAGACCAACGACUCCUGAAGCACCGAGAUGCUAUCCCGGCAGUGACGACCCACGUUGUCCAAAACCUACUACACCGGCUCCCCCCAAAUGCUUCCCCGGAUCCACUGAUCCACGUUGUCCAAGGCCGACGACUCCUGAAGCACCAAGAUGCUACCCUGGAAGCAAUGACCCUCGUUGUCCUAAACCCACUACACCAGCCCCACCUAAAUGUUUCCCAGGAUCCACUGAUCCACGUUGCCCACGACCAACUACUCCAGAAGCACCUAGAUGUUACCCUGGAAGUAAUGACCCUCGUUGUCCUAAACCCACUUCACCAGCCCCACCUAAAUGUUUCCCAGGAUCCACUGAUCCACGUUGUCCACGACCAACAACUCCUGAAGCCCCAAGGUGCUACCCUGGAAGCAAUGACCCUCGUUGUCCUAAACCCACUACACCAGAGUCGCCUCGUUGCUUCCCAGGUAGCACUGACCCACGUUGUCCACAACCAACAACUCCUGAAGCACCUCGCUGCUAUCCCGGAAGUAGUGACCCACGUUGUCCAAGACCAACGACUCCUGAAGCACCGAGAUGCUAUCCCGGCAGUGACGACCCACGUUGUCCAAAACCUACUACACCGGCUCCCCCCAAAUGCUUCCCCGGAUCCACUGAUCCACGUUGUCCAAGGCCGACGACUCCUGAAGCACCAAGAUGCUACCCUGGAAGCAAUGACCCUCGUUGUCCUAAACCCACUACACCAGCCCCACCGAAAUGCUACUCAGGAUCCACCGACCCUCGCUGCCCGAAACCAACUUCACCAGAGUCGCCUCGUUGCUACCCAGGUACCACUGACCCACGUUGUCCACAACCAACAACUCCUGAAGCACCUAGAUGCUAUCCCGGAAGCAAUGACGCUCGUUGUCCUAAACCCACUACACCAGCCCCACCUAACUGCUUCCCGGGAUCAAGUGAUCCACGUUGUCCACAACCCACGACCCCCGACGUACCUAGAUGUUAUCCCGGAAGCCCUGACCCACGUUGUCCUAAACCGACUACCCCAGCACCACCAAGAUGUUUCCCAGGGAGCACUGAUCCUCGCUGUCCUAAAGUAACAACACCACUACCAACGAAACCCUCUUGUUACCCAGGCUCACCAGAUCCUAACUGUCCACAACCGUCGAGGCCAACAACACUUAAUCCGCCUACUUAUUUACCUCCUUCAACACCAGCACCACCAAAAUGCUACCCUGGUAGCAAUGACUCACGUUGUCCCAGACCAACAACUCCGGAAGCACCUAGAUGUUACCCUGGAAGCAAUAAUCCUCGUUGCCCGAAACCAACUACAUCAGAAUCACCUCGCUGCUACCCAGGAAGUAGCGACCCACGUUGUCCACGACCAACAACUCCUGAAGCACCUCGAUGCUACCCCGGAAGCAAUGACGCUCGUUGUCCUAAACCCACUUCACCAGCCCCACCUAAAUGCUUCCCAGGAUCCUCUAAUCCACGUUGCCCACAGCCGACUACACCAGAGCCGCCAAGGUGUUUCCCAGGAAGUAACGAUCCUCGCUGUCCUAAAGUAAUAACACCAGUUCCUACAAAACCAUCUUGUUACCCAGGCUCACUAGAUCCUAACUGUCCACAACCGUCUAGACCAACAACUCUUAAUCCACCUACUUACUUACCUCCUUCUUCAACAAUUCCACCAAAAUGUUUCCCAGGAAGUUCGGAUCCUCGUUGUCCUCGACCCACAACUCCUGAUACUCCCAGAUGCUAUCCAGGAAGUACAGAUUCUCGUUGCCCAAAACCUUCAAGUCUUGGACCACCGAAAUGUUUCCCAGGAAAUUCGGAUCCUCGUUGUCCACGACCAACAAGCCCGCAACCAAGCUCGACGCCCAGUUCAUGUUACCCUGGGUCAAAGGAUCCAAAAUGUCCUCAACCAUUCGCGCCCAGUAGCACAAAUCCCCCAGUCACCUACUUACCACCAUUUCCUGCAGAUAACGAAAUUAGCUCUGGAAGAUUAGCCAAUAAGAAUUUCGAUUAUUACGAUGACUCACAAUUAGCAAUCGAUAAUUUUGAUUUCUCUCGUACAAAACCCAAAACGAGAAAUGUAAGAGAUUUAAGUAAAUCAUCCGCUGAAGAAAACCUUGGUCAGUUUUCCGGAUUCGACAACCUGGCUAUUAUAGGUUCCGUAUUGUUUGUUGCCUUGAUCAUAGCAGUUGCUAUUGGUUCAAUGAAAUACAAACAAAUGAAAAGGAAAAACGGUUUAAAUGUACAAUCAACUCAGAAUCCUUGUUAGUAUAUUAUAAUAACUCUAAGAUAUAUGUGAUCGUUAAAAAAAAUGUAACAUUUUUAUGUAAAAUAUUUUCUUUACGUUUAUAUAAAAUAAUGCAUAACGUUUUCUCACUGCCAACAUAGCUUUUAUUCAGAUGUUAUAACAUUUGCCUAUUUUAUUACAAUAAAAUAGUGCCAUAAGAGGAAGUAUAGUCAUAUGUAUGCAUGUAUAAAAUCAACAGAACGUAACUGUCCCUCGCAAACCUAUCUGCCUAGUCAAAUUAUGUAAAAUCACGUGUUUGUUUACACAACAACUUUUAAAAUAUAAAACAUUUAUAAGUAAAUAUAUUUUAUAAUACUAUACUCAUAUGUGAUAUUUGUAAAUAUUUACCGAUAAAAUGUAUUGUGGCCAUAGAUAAGUUUGGUUUUAUAUAGUCUAUGAUAUAACGCAUUCUGUGUUGUGAAACAUUUAUAAUACAAUGGCUAAGAACUUGCAAAUGUAUAUGCCUUCCACAAUAUGGAAUGUAAGUUGAUAAAUAAAAUGUAAAUUAGUAGGAUUGUUUGAGUCUACCUAAGUAAAACAUUCUAUGAAUGUA